CUUAAGCAUUAGCAUAAGCAUAACAAUGAAUACAAUGAAUUCAUUUCAAAUUCGUCUUCCACUACUUAUUUCAUUUUUCUACAUUUUCUUAGCUAUCGCAACCGCACAGAAUUCAAGUGGACUUAGUGUUCUCCAAAAACACGUUUCAUUUUUUGAUAGGAACCACGAUGGCAUCAUCUAUCCAAAAGAAACUUUUGAAGGAUUUAGAGCGAUAGGUUGUGGAGUUGCAUUAUCAACAACUGCUUCGGCUUUUAUUCAUGCCGGUCUUAGCCAAAAAACUCGUCCGGGAAAGGCUCCUUCUCCUUUGCUACCAAUAGAAAUUGUAAACAUCAAAUUAUCAAUCCAUGGAAGUGACUCCGGUGUCUAUGAUAGUGAAGGAGGGUUUGUGGCUUCAAAAUUUGAAGAAAUUUUCAGCAAGCAUGCAAAACAACAUCCAAAUGCUUUGACGUCUGAUGAAUUGAAGGAGAUGCUGACGGCAAAUAGAGAGCCAAAGGAUUUCAAAGGAUGGCUUGCAGCCGAAUCAGAAUGGAAGAUAUUAUAUGAUCUAUGCAAAGAUAAGGAAGGUUUACUCCAAAAAGAUAUCGUAUAUUCUGUUUACGAUGGAAGUUUGUUUGAACGUCUCGAAAAGGAACACUCAAAAACUAAAAAUAAUAAGUAAAUAUGAUUUUUGUUGUAAUAUUAAUAAUAAAUAAA